CCUCGCUCUCCCCGCAGAACCGAACGACUCCGCCGUCCUGCCGUGGCCCCUGGGAGCACGUCCGGGUUGGGGGCCGGAGCCUUGGCUCCCACCGUCGUACGUCCCGGUGGAGACGCGGUGCUUGUUGGUCCUGUUCUGGUUUGACUCCCCCGCGCCUCGCUGGAGCAGCUAGCGCUGAGCCCUCGUGCGUUGGGCGCAGGCAGCCCGGGGAAGAAUGACCAAAAAGGUCAAGUGUAGACGUGUCAGAAGCCCGAUGUCGUCUGCCCCUCUCUGUUCUUUGACCCCGCUGGGGAACCGGUCUCCAGGCCGCAGUACGUUAAAGGCGCGAGUCCGAUUUUGCCCGUUCCCAAGCGUGGGAGGGGGAAGGGAUGGUUUCAGAGGCGAGGAGAUUCAGCGGUGAAAGUGAAAACUGAUGGGGAUUGAACCGCGGUUGGUGCUCACCUCGGCCUGAACUGCCAUCAAGUUACGCGUAAGGAAAUGAGUUUUGGGGGGCUUUCCACCAAAGGUUCAGAAAUUAGAAUUCGCAUUCGUGGGGUGGGAUUAACGUUGAGAAAUAUUUCCUCUUGACAUUUUGAGUAAAAACUAAUCGGAGCGAGGAGGAGGAAGGGGGAAGGGCUGGAUGUCAUUUGUUUUUUAUUUUUAAACUGGAGGCAGUACUGAAUACUCAAACCAAUCCUUUUAAAAGGCCUGGCUAAUAAAAAGCGAAACGGAAAGAUUAGAUUUCCGAGGCUGAAAACCUCAGUACAGUGCAAGACAGCAGAGCGUUCUCCGGUCCGGCCCUUCUAGGGAGGCUUGUGACAACGGCGAAGAACACGUUUAAUGGCAACACUUGAGCUGACCUGCCUUGGGGUUGAGCCCCUUUGUGCUUCAAAUGCCGAUUGGUUCUAUGCCAUGUUGAAUAUUAAUCCAUUAAUAAACAGACAAGCGAUAAUUGUGUCCAACCUUGAAAACGUUCCUAUUAAGCGUUUCAACCGUGAUCUAACCUCUGCUGGAGUCUCUGCACAUUGCAGCAGGCCUUUCUUAUCUGCGAAGAGAGGAGAAACAAUUUUGCGUUUCGUUUCUGUCGGCGUGUGCCAGGUGCAGGCAGUGACAGUUUUAGCUGUCAGAAAGAAGCACCAGAGACACGGAGUUAUCAGUCCCUAGCUUCUCCGCACCACAAGUCAGUACGCGCGGUGAAUGCCCUUCACAAAGUGGGGUUUAUUGUUACUGUUUUGCCUUGUGGCUGCGCACAAGAGUAAAGCAGACGUUAAAACACCCAGGGAGCCAGGGGAAUGAUCGGCGCGCUCUCAGGCCUGGUGUAAACGCUUGGCAGCUCCAACUUCAGCAGCUUCGCUCGGUGGGUCGGGCGUCUCAAUCGAAAAGGUGGUGUUACGUUUUGGUCUAACGUAGGUUUUGUUCAAACACGUGGGGCUGUUACUGUACAACAGUAGAAACGUUCCCGUUUCUUGAAACCGUUUUCAGUUCAGGUCCAUUUCGAAGCUGUGCUGGGGUUUCUGCCUGCAGACCGGCAACCAAGACUGAGCAAGGGUGAAAGUGGCCAGGGCUCGGCAGCGAAGCCCGGGGUGCCCCGACCGGCAGAAACCAUGCUAAAUGAACGGGAUUUUUGAAAUUCACUCUUUUAUUUUCUUCACUCUGUUUUGGAGUACCGGUUAGAACAGUUUUUUAAAUAUGUUUUGAGUAUCUCUUCAAUGUAAUGGCAGAUUGCAGAGAUGCCUAAACCAUGGCUGUGUUUUCGGUAAGCAUGCUGAAAUAGGUUUCCUAAUAGGAAUCCUAUAGUAUAACCAGGAACUGAUUGCCGUGGUGUGGGGAGGGAGGAAAUGCCUUUGUAGCAAGUGCCUGCUGCCCCCGGGUGGUAACCAGUCUAUACUGCGUUUUUACAGGCCUUCAGAAUUCAUAUUUUCAUGGACGUGUUUAUUUGUCCAGCAUCUGUUUCGUUCAUACGUGUGUCCUUUCUGAUAGUCUAGUUUCCAGAGUGAGCGAGAAUGAAUUCCUAUCUAAGAGCAAAAGGAUGGGUAGAAACACAGAACACGGAGAGAAAUAGACCUUUAAUAUUAAGACUUGACGUCUUUUUCUGCUAAGAUAUUUUUAACCCCCUUCUGCCUUUUUGUGUUCGUAUAAGUGAUCUUUUCAGCAGCACUUCUUGGUGCUCUUGGAGCAGAGGUUUUGGAGCUCUGUGUAACACUGUGCUCUCUCCCAGAAUGGUGGUUGUGGGUUGCAGCUUUUUGUAGACUUUGCUGCUUUCUGCUGCAAGGUGCGCUGCUUCGUGACAGGAGCAGGCUUUUUAAAGCCGUUUGAUUUGAGCCUUCUUGGCACGUUCAAGCUAGGCUUUUUCUUUGUCUUUUUAAAAAUAUUUAAAGUGCUUGGACAAUUUUUUGCCUCUGUACUUUAAUAGGGUUUGCAGCUGUGAAUGUGCUUUAAUAGAAUUUACAGCUGGGCUGAAGUAUCCCCUCUCUUAAAAUAACAUUGCAGCUUCGUGAUUCAGUAGAAUGUGCCUCCCACCAGUUGCUUUGUCUGUAGCUAUGAAUGCUCUGGAGCAAGAGGAGAAUAUGAGCAAAAUCAGAAGUUUUAUAUGUGGCAAAAUAGGAAGCGUAACCCUGUGGUUAAGGACUGGAGCUAUACAUGAGUAUAUUUGGGUCUUGUUUUUUGUUUUGCCAAUGACUCGCUCUCUGUUCUCCCGUGCCGUUUUUAACAUGCCAGCUUCUCAAUUUUCUCUGUCAGUAAAAUGGGAAUAGGGAAAUCUGAGAGUGUUUUUAGACCAUUAGGGAUUGCUUGUGAAGUGCUCUGGGAUCUUUAUGUAGUAGAGCCAUACUGGAUUAGAAAGAUGGCAGGUAGGAAACAGUGCAGGAUGUGGUGUCACUGGAACCUAGAGAGCACUUUGGGUCUUCUGUUGCUCAAACUGAAAAGCAGUUGGUGGCUAGGGAACCAACGGAAGAAAUGUGUUAUCUUAAAAAGCUGCACAGCAGAUAUUGCCUGCCUUUGUGGCUCUGAGCCAGUAGUUUGCGUAGCUGGUCCCAGAAUGUCAAUCCAGAAUGUAAAGAAAGGAAAGCAGUGAGACUCCUCAAAGCGGUUCAAGCUUCCAGGUAAGGUUUGCAGGGGACGACGUGGAAGAGAGCCACCUUAGCAUAUGUAAUUUGCCUGACAGGCAGAUGCCUUCACUGUGGAGACCAGGACCUCUGCCAAAAUAUUGGAAAAAUACAGGUGGAGAGAGUGGAGUUAUGUAAGUGUCAUGACAGGAGGAUGCUGUCCUUGAUCGAUGGAGGGUGUGAGUGGGAAGCCUCCAUAUCUGAGAAGGCAUUUUAGCCUGGCCCAGAAAUAGCUCGUGGGAUCGGUGCCAUGGAAGGCAGGCCUGAGUAAAGGAGUUCUCUGCUUCCCAGGAGCAAACACAGGACGGGCAGCAGGAGAGAGAAGAGAGAGUGCCUGGCUGUGUCUGACUGACUGAGAGCCCCUGUCAUCAAAGUGCUUACAUGGAUUUUACACUCAAAGUCCACAUUUAAUUAUGUCUCUCUUCAAAAAAAAAAAAAAAAAAAAAAAAGGAGAAAAAUUUAAGUCCCAUUCAACACAUUGGAACUUGAAUGCGUGCGUAGAUGCUUCACUGAGUUGUGGCUUUUGCUGCUGGUGUUUCCGCUGAGACAGCCAGUAAGGAGGUCAAUGAGACUGCUUUUGGUAUUUACACUGGCCCAGUAAGAAACAGGCUGAGAGUACAUGUUAUACUUCUCUCCCCCUGCAUCCUAGCCAAGGUUAAGAAGUCAGGGAAUUUUUUUUUUUUUAAUAGGCAGAGUAUCAAAGAAAAGUUCUACAUCGUCUCGCCAUUCCAUGGCCUCUUUCAUAAGUGACUUUCUUGUUCAUGUAGAUUUGCAGCCUUUUGAGGUAAAAGUAAAUAGAGGUGCAUGAUUUACAAAUAUGGCUGAAGGCAGAAGUACCUUUAUGUGUCUGUACUCUCUUUAUCAUUCCAGGUUUCCAAAACUGGAGGGAGAGUUUCCCUGGCAUCAGUGACCUAUUGAGGCAACUGUCAAGCUCAGAAUGGAGCUGGUGAACAGGCAAGAUCCCUACCUCCGAGAGGUCCUGUGGUUUGCAAUGUGUUGCAGAGCCCUGACACUUCUACUGCAGGCUCUGUUUAACCUCCUGAUCCCGGAUCAUGCUGCAGAUGCCUUCUCUCCCCCUCGCCUGUCUGAGCCUGGCCUUUGCGACCUGCUCCUGGAAUGGCUUUUGGGAGGCCUCUCGCACUGGGACGCGGAGCACUUCCUCUUCAUCGCUGAGCGAGGCUACCUGUAUGAGCACAACUUUGCCUUCUUCCCAGUGUACCCCCUGAGCGUGCGCGCCGUGGCAGAAGUUGCUCUAUGGCCCCUGCAGUGGCUGUUGCGUUUGCGAAGCCGCCUGCUGCUAUCAGCUGUUCUUCUUAAUUCUCUCUUUUCUGUCCUGGCAGCGGCUGCCCUGUAUAAGCUGGGCUGUGUCGUGCUGCGGUGUCACAGGGUGGCUUUCCUCGCUGCCAUUCUGUUUUGUAUCAGCCCUGCCAACAUAUUUAUGGCAGCUGCUUACUCGGAGAGCAUGUUUGCCUUUCUGGCGUUCAGUGCCAUGUGGCAACUGGAGAAGGGGCAGACCUGGCUCAGUGGACUGCUCUUCUCCCUUGCUUCUGGGGUGCGUGCCAAUGGGCUUGUCAAUGCUGGCUUCUUUAUCUAUUCCCGCAGUAAAUGCUUUGCCCUCCAGCUCCAGGUGGGUUCACGAUUGGUAAGGAAGCUCCCUCCGUUUUGGAGACAACUCCUUAGCUUGGCAUCUUCAGUCAUUCUGAUGUGUGCUGGGAUCUUUCUACCAUUUGCUUUAUUUCAGUAUUAUGCUUACGUGAGGUUCUGUGCUCCUGGCACCGGCCUGCAGCAGAGUGUACCCAAGCCGCUGCUGCAGCUGGCUCUGGACAAGGGCUAUCGUCUAGCCGCCAAGAAUGGGCUUAGACCCCCUUGGUGUUCCCAGCGGUUCCCUGUGGUCUAUUCCUAUAUUCAAGACGUUUACUGGAAUGUGGGCUUUCUAAGGUAUUUUGAGCUCAGACAGGUACCAAAUUUCUUGCUUGCUUUGCCUGUCACACUUCUGGGCUCAUGGGCUGCCUGGACCUACCUCACUGCCAACCCUCGGCACUGCCUAACUCUUGGUCUAGAGAGGAGAAAGAAUGGAGAAGAGCAAGGAGAGGGUAAACCAGGAACUGGAUUUUGCUGCCCCGCUGUCUUGGUGUAUGUGGUCCAUGCCACAGUCCUGCUGCUGUUUGGAGUCUUCUGCAUGCACGUGCAGGUUCUAACCAGGUUCUUUGGCUCCGCCACGCCGAUCCUCUACUGGUUUUCUGCUCACCUGCUUCAAGAGUAUGAACCUUUGCUCUGGAAUGAAGGGACUGAUAAUCAAACCACAGCAUCUCUCUCUGAGAAGUCUGUUUUAGGUAACUCUCUUGCUGGCUCCUAUGAGAAAGGGAUUUCUGAAAACCCCGUUGUGAGGUUACUGCUCAACUAUAGGUUAAAUACCCCCCUCGCCAAAUGCAUUCUUGGAUACUUCCUGUCCUACUGGCUAUUGGGACUGAUUCUGCACUGCAACUUCUUGCCUUGGACAUAGCUAGCAAUUGGGAGUAUAUAUUUCUCCAGGCUGGUAGUGGGGCAGAAAUACUGGUCAGGAUUGGAGCUCACUUUUUUUAAAAGCCUAACACAUAUGCAAUGGUGCUAUUGUGACAGUUGAAAAGAUUACAAAGCUGUUUUACUCAGUUGCUAAUUACUCCGUUAGAAAGCUGUCAGCGUGUGACCAUGUCUAAAAUGGGCACGUUCUCUUUGCUGUGACUCUUAUAGUGUCCUGCCCCUACUCUUUACUGAUGACCAAAAGUUCCCUAAGUUCGCUGGGAAGAGGAAAUGCAUGGCCAUUAUGUCUUCUGUGAAGUACUGUCACUGAGCAAUUAUUUAUGGCAAAGAUCUGCUGCUGUCAGAUUCUCAGCUGGUGCAAAACCUCAGGGAAGUGUUCUUGAAAUCACAGCAAACACCUCCUGCAACCCAAGUAUUCCCAGCCUCUGUGGGAGGAUCUUGUGUUGUACGUGCCACUCAGACCUCUCAAGUUCCUUCUUUGCCGAAGUACUUGACUCAGUGCAUCAAGUCAUGCGGCAGGGAGGCAGCGGCACGGGCAGCAGCUGUGGCAGGUGCUGUCUGCCGGAGCUGCUCCACGUGUGAGGCUCCGCUAGACAGCACACGUCCAGCUGCAGUGCAGCGUGGUGUCACAGCCUCCGCCAUCAGCCCGCAGCUGGCAGCCACAUGUCAGAGCAGGUCACCCGCUGCUGGUGGGCAUCAAGCAAAGGUGUGACCGUGGGACAAUGCUGCCAGUGAGGGAAAUGCAGGAGGAGCUACAGGGGAAGAGGAGCCAAUGUCAAUGUGUGAGACCUACAACCAGGACGGCAACAGCUGUUCUCGAGGACUGCUGGUAGGGGCUUAUGGAGGGGAUUGUGGUGCUGCAACACAACACUCUGUGGAGCGCGGAAGUUUGUGUGUCGGUACAUGAAUAUCACCAAUGAAAAUUAAUAGCUUUUACAGGAACCAUAGUUUGUGUCUCUUCAGUGAAGUGACAGUUCCCCCUUUGGGAAACGUGAGGACUGGAGUGGAUGAGGAGAAGGGAGGUGCAAUAGGGAUGGUCCUGGGAUGGGAAAUAAGCUUCAAGGAGCAGAGCGCUAUUUCCUGCUCCAUUUGACAGAGAGCAGGGGAUCAUCAGAACAGAGUGUUUUCUGCUCUCCUGCUGCCCUACUGUAUGGCCUGGCAGAAGUCACACUUCCUCGCAUCCUAAGACCACCACCUCUUAGAAUGGAGAAUGUGAUGUUUUCUCAUCUCACCCAAAGCUUGUGAUCCUUCAGCUGAUUAACACAAAGCCCAGCAUGCACAAAACUCUUGAAGGUCUUGCUAUAGAAGGGAGACCAUUCUUGCUUUCAGCCUAAAACCUGCUUCCUUGCAAGUGCCGCUGUGCUGAAAGGAUCUGCUCUUCCAUAGGAUGAAAGUGUUGGUGUUUGUUGCCACUUCUGCAUGCUUUAACUCUUGGUCUAGCUGCUAGGUGAGUUUGGAUCCUGUUAAUUUUCUCCCCCAGACAGCAGCUCUGCAGUUUCCUUUUUCCAUUGGUUUUCGAAGCUGAAGCCCUGUGCUCCUGCUCACAGGAUUAAUUGGAGAGUUUCUUCUGUAAGCAGGGCAAGUGUUGAGAAGUUAAAAGGCAGACCUGUGUACGUUGCAAAAUGCACAAAACAUCCCACCUUGUAACGAGAUGCUAAAUAAACCCUUAAAUGUAAGUCCAA